CCCACACUGGGGACCCCCCAAAAAAAAAGAAUCCGCCGCCGCUCCCCUCCCCCCACCUCGGUCCCGACUGCACCGGGAACCCCCGACUGGAAGCUGCUACUGGGAGCUGAACCGAGCCGCUGCUACCGAGGUUGAAGAACCAGGAGGUACCGGGAGCUACUGGGAGCCGCUGAAUCUGUGCUGGGACCUACCGGGAGGUAUUUGGAGCCACUGAACCUGCACUGGGAGAUACUGGAAGCAACCAGAGGCUGCACCAAGAGCCACCGGGAGUUACCGGGAGCUGAAAAGGACUGAGCGGAGCGGUCGAUCGCGGUGCUGAAGAACUGGAAGCUACCGGAGGCUGCACCAGAAGGCGCUAGGAGCUGAAGGGGACUGAACGAAGCAGAGGUUAAAGAACCGGGAGCUACCGGCAGAUACCUUGACCUCCCGGGUGCUACUGGUGCCCAUACCAGUAGCCGCCAAGAGCUACCGAGGCUUCACCGGGACUGAACGAAUAGCCGAACUGUGCCGCUGUCUCCGGUACCGAAGAACCGGGAGAUACCGGAGUGGGUUUAAAGGAAGCCGAAAGGAGACGAAAGGAGCCGGAAAGAGCCGAAAGGAGCCGCUGUCCACGGUGCUGAACGGAGGUGCGGUGCUGCACAGAGACGCCGUCCCUGGUGCUGAACCAGAGGAGCCAACACCGGAACCUACCGGGACCUUCAUUUGGGGGGCUCUGACCCCUCCAUCCCACUUCCCUCUCCUCCUCCAACACCCCCCCUCCCUCCGUUAAACCGGUCGAUGCCGGCUGGCGGGGGGGGUUUAACCAGUGGCCGCUGCUCUGGCUGCGGCCUCAGCGAUCCCAACACGGCGGAGACUGGAGGUUACUGGUGGCCCCAGUUUGAAGCUGGGCGGCUUCGUCCGCCGCACAAAGCCGUAGGCACGGUUUAAACCACCGCCGCUUGCCACCACCCCCCCGCCACCACCCCCCCCCCCCCCCCCCCGUAUCUCCCGUUACCGGAGAGGGGGGGGGGUCCCUUUGUGGCAGUGGAGCCCACGGUGGAACCAUGCCCCGGUCGUUCCUGGUGAAGAAGGUGAAGCUCGAUGAGUUCCCCGCCGGGCUUGAUGCUCCCUACGGUCGGUCGCGGGCGGAUUUUGGGGCCCGGUUACACGACAAGGGUUACCUCACCAACUACAUCUCCCCUUCCCCUUUCCCCACCAACCCUGAGUCCACUUUGAAGGUCCCAUCAUCUCCAACCACCAUCUACCCGGUGACCCAUGCCGACUUCAUCCCAGUAGAUCCUGACCCACCAGACAGUCCCAACUCCACCACCUUGACCACCACCGGUUACAUCAACGGCGACGCCGCCGUCAGCGAAGGCUACGCAGUGGAUGCCUUCUUCAUCACCGACGGUAGGUCGCGCCGGAAGACCGCCAACUCUGCCGCCAACUCCUCCACCACUACGUCGUCCUCCUCCUCCUCCUCAUCUUCAUCCACCCGGAGUCUUCAGCGGCACGCCUGCGGAGAAUGCGGGAAGACCUACGCCACCUCCUCCAACCUCAGCCGCCACAAGCAAACCCACCGCAGCCUGGACAGCAAGAUGGCCAAGAAGUGUCCGACCUGCGGCAAGGUCUACGUCUCCAUGCCGGCCAUGGCCAUGCACCUCUUGACCCACGACUUGAAGCACAAGUGUGAAGUAUGUGGCAAAGCCUUCAGCCGGCCCUGGUUGCUCCAAGGCCACAUGAGGUCCCACACCGGGGAGAAGCCCUUCGGUUGCGCCCACUGUGGCAAAGCCUUCGCCGACAGGUCCAACCUGCGCGCCCACAUGCAGACCCACUCGGCCUUCAAGCACUUCAAGUGCAAGCGCUGCAGCAAGACCUUCGCCCUCAAGUCCUAUCUCAACAAGCACUACGAGUCUGCCUGCUUCAAGGGGACCGGCCCACCACCCCUCAGCCCUCUCCACGCCUGAGCCAUGCGGCUAGGGAAGCCACCUUAGGGAAAACCACAACAAAAAGGCAGCGUUGCCUCCCUGCUUCCCAUUGGAUUCCACCACCUCGUGGCUCCGGUCGAGGAACGCCGCAGAUCUGGCUGAGUUCUCCCACCCUGCCAUGGCUUCGGUUGGGUUCCACCACCCUCUUCUGGCUUUGGUUGAGGAACGCCGCGGCUUUGGUUGGGUUACAGCAUCAUGUCAUGGCUUCAGUUGGGUUCCAUCACCUUGCCAUGGCUUUGGUUGAGUUGAGUUCCUCCAUGGCUUUGCUUGAGGUCUGCCAUGGCUUUGGUUGGGUUGCAGCAUUGUGUCAUGGCUUCAGUUGGGUUCCAUCACCCUACCAUGGCUUUGAUUGAGUUACACCAUGGCUUUGGUUGGGUUCCUCCAUGGCUUUGGUUGAGUUCCACCAUGGCUUUGCUUGAGGCCUGCCAUGGCCUUGGUUGGGUUGAGUUCCUCCAUGGCUUUGCUUGAGGUCUGCCAUGGCUUUGGUUGGGUUGCAGUCAUGACUUCAGUUGGGUUCCAUCAUCGUGCCAUGGCUUUGCUUGAGUUCCUCUGUGUCUUUGCUUGAGUUCCACCAUGGCUUUGCUAGAGGUCUGCCAUGGCUUCAGUUGGGUUCCAUCAUCCUGCCAUGGCUUUGCUUGAGUUGAGAUCCACCACCCUGUUAUGACUUCAGUUGAGGCCCAAUGCAGCUUUAACUGAGUCUCAUGACAGCUUUUUGAGUUCCACCAUCACAUCACAGCUUCAUUUGGGGCCCACCAUAGCUUUGGUUGAGUCUCAUCAUGCCUUCAUCUGAGUUCCAUCACCUUGCUAUGACUUUGGAUGGGUUUUACAACCCUGCCAUGGCUUCACUUGAGGUCUACUGUGGCUUUGGUUGAAGCUCACCAUGGCCUGGCUGAGGACCACCAUGGCUUGAGUUGAAUUCCACCACCCUGUUAUGGCUUCAGCCAAGGUCUACCAUGGCUUCAUCUGGGUUCUACCACCAUGUCAUGGCUUCAGCUGAGGAACACCUAGGAUUCAUUUCAAAUCCACCACCACACUAUGGCCUUAGUUGAGUCUCAUCAUGGUGUUGGUUGAGUUCCACCGCCUUGCCAUGGCUCUGGUUGGAUUCUAUCACCAUGUAAUGUAUUCAUUUGAGGUCUACCAUGGCUUUGGCUGGGUUCCAGCACCAGUCAUGACAUUAGUUGGGGUCUACUGUGGCUUCCUUUAGGUUCCACCACUCUGCCAUGGCCUUAUUUGAGGUCUACCAUGGCUUCACUUGAAGCCUAACAUAGUUUCAGUUGGGCUCUGCCAUUUUGUGGCUUCUUUUGAGGUUCACCAUAGCUUUGGUUGAGUCUCAUCAUGUCUUUGGUUGAGUUCCACCACUCUGCCAUGGCUCCAGUUAGGUUCCAUCACCAAGUCAUGGCUUUGGUUGAGGUCUACUAUGGUUUCAGUUAGGUUCCACCACCACUUUGUGUCUUCUCUUGAAGCUCACCAGAGCUUUGUCUGAGUCUUCUUGGCUUUGGUCGAGUCUUAUGGCUCCAGUUGAGUUCCAUCACCCUGCUGUGGCUUUGGUUGAGUUCCAACACUCUGUGACUCCUUCAGUUGAGAGCAACCAUUUGAGGCCCCUUCUGAGCAACGCAAGUGCUAGCCACGCAGGAGGACUUUGUGCUCAAGUCCUUUCUCAACAAGCACUAAGAGCCUACCUGCUUUAAGGGGACCAGCUAGAGGCAUGAGCCAUGCAGCUAGGGAAGUCACCUUAGAAACGGGAGCGUCACAACAUGGCUUUGGUUGGGUUCUACCACAACCCUGGGUGGGUUCUGACUCACAUCAUGGCUUCAGUCCUUCGUGGCUUUGGUUGGGUUCCAGCACUAGGUCAUGACUUUGGUUGAGGACUAUCAUGGCUUCAGGUGGUUCCACCAUCCUGUCAUGGUUUUGGUUGAAGCACACCAUGACUUUGAGUUUCAUUGUCGCUUUGGUUGGGCUCCAUCAUCAUGUCACAGUUUCACUUGGGUCCACUCAUCCCACCCUGGCUUCAUUUGAGGUCUAUCUGGCUUCUGUUGGGGUCUAUCAUGGCUUCACUUAGCUCCUACCACCCUGCCAUGUCUUUGUUCAAGAUCUGCUAUGGCUUUGGUUGGGUUCCAGCACCAUGUCAUGGGUUCAGCUGGGUUCCAGCACUUUGUAAUGACUUCAGUUGAGGCUUGCCAUGGCUUUGGUUGAGUUCUACCACACCACAGCUUUAGUUGAGUUCCAUCAUAGCUUUGGUUGAGUCCCAUAACAUUAUACCUUCAUUUGGGUUCCACCACAAUGUCAUGGUCUUGGUUGAGAGUUGGCCUUGACUGAGUUCCAUCACAGGUGUUGUAUUCUGGUGGUGCACCCUAACAUCUGGGUAAUGUUCUUUGAUGGCUGUCAUAGUCUGGUAGUGAUCCUCAAGGUCAGAGGGACCUCCCUUGAUGCCAUAACCCUUGAGGUGCACCCCAAGCUCAAGCUGACCUUCUUCAAUGAUUGUCAUGGUCUGGCAGUGAAUGCCCAGGUCAAGGCGACCUUUUCAUGAGUGCCAUGGUCUUGUGUACCCCCAACCUCAGGUUGACCUUUCUUGAUGAGCCUCAUGAGCUUGAGGUGCACCUCAACACCUGGGUGACCUUCCAUGGAUUAGUGUCAUGGUCUGGUGGUGCACCUCAACUAUGAGGUUGACCUUUCUUGAUGGGUGCCAUACCCUUGUGGUGCAGCCCAACAUCAGGGGUGCCAUGGUCUGCUGGUGAACCUCAAAGUGAAGGUGACCUUCCUUACAUGCAUUGUCAUGGUUUGGUGGUGCACCCCAACACCUGUUUGACCUCCUUUGAUGGGUUUCAGGACCUUGAGGUGCACCCCAGCACCUGAGUGACUUUUCUUGGGUGAGUGUUGUGAUCUGCUGGUGAACUCCCAACGUCUGGUCGGCAUUCCUGGAUGAACUAUCACGGUCUAGAGGUGAACCUAAAGAUCAGGGUGACCUUACAGGAUUGGAUUCCAUGAUCUUGAGGUGCACCUCAACAUCUGGCUGACCUUCCAUGGGUGGAUGUCAUGGUCUGGUGGUGUACCCCAAUACUUGGCUCACCUCCUGUGAUGGUUUCCAUCACCUUGAGUUUCACCUCAACAUCUGCUUGACCCUCCCCACCCCUGAGGUCCUCCAUCUUCAUGGUGAACCUCAACAUCAGGAUGACCACCUCACCCCAGCCUCCCUUUUUGCAUGAGUGCCACCACCUUUGGGUGCCACCAUCACCUUUAGGUGCCCCCUCCCGCCUCCACCUUUAGGUGCUUCCCACCCAUUAUUUUUUUUGCAUGUCUCCAUCUGAGGGGGUGGUGACCCCCAAAAGACUUCUUUUCAUGGUGCCCCAACUCUUGGUGCACCCCAAGAUCAGGGUGACCCUCCCCGUCCUUUUGCAUGGGUGUCCCUCCCUCCCCCUCCAGCUCCCCAGUUUUGGAGUCUAGCCCAGAUCCCAGUUCCUUGCAUGGGUGCCCAUCCCCCCCGCUCCCACCCUGUGCCGAACCUGGAACCCCCCAAAAAAAUUGGGGAUGACUCCCCCCAAGGCAAUAAUGUAACCACCAUCCCCCCCCAAAAUUCACGGCACAGUUUUGGGGACCCCCUCCAAACCCUGUCCCCCCCCCCUCACGCCCAGGGACCCUCCACCCAAUAUCUGGGGAUUCCCCCCUUAAAUAAACUCGGGGACCCCCCCCCCACCCCCCAAAAUCCUGGGGACACCCUUGGAAACUCAGAAUCUCCUCCACAUCCUUGGGUACAGCCCCCCAGAAAUGUGGGAACUCCCCUGUAAAAUCCAGAGUAGUUCCCCCUAAAUUUGGGGGACUCCUCCAAACCUCGAGGACCCCCCCCCAGCUCACUCGGGGACAUCCUCCAGCUUUGGACCCUCCCACAAAAACCCUCGAGGGCAGCCUCAGAACUUGGGGAUGUUCCAAUUAAACUUGGGGACCCCCUCAAAUUGGGGACUCCCCCCCCAGCAUGACUUCCCCCCCUCGCCCCUCGCCCCCCAGUUUUAGAGGAGGCCUCCACCCCUCACACCCUCCCGACCUCGGGUACCCCAAAUUCCGGGAUCUCCUCCUGCCUCCCCCCCAGUGUACACCCAGGGGGACACCCCCACCCCGCCCCCCCCGGAACCCAAAUGAUUUCAGGGUGUGCCCCUCCCUCCAAGAACCUUCUGGGUGCCCCUCCCCCCACCUCUCAGUCCCCUCAAUAAUUUCAGGGUCCCCUCAAAAAGGAACCUCCUCCCCCGGGGAGUGCCUCCACCCUGUAAUUCCUUCCCUCCUCCAGGGUACCCCAAUAAUUGUGGGGUGCCUCCCCCCGCCUUGGUCACUCCCCUAGGUCCUCCAUACGACUUCAGGGUGCCCCCCCCCAAGUACAUCCCCCCCCCAUCUUGGGGACCCCCAUAAGGAAGCCCCCAAGACCUUUCCCCUUCUCUUCAAGUACCCCCAAAAUUUCAGGGUGCCCCCCCGACUCCAGAACUUCCCCCUCCGAGAUCCUUCUGGGUGUCCCCCCAACUCUACCCCUGCCCCAAUAACUUCAGGGUGCCCCUCCCCAAGGGUACCCUCCGAGGGAUGCCCCCCAGGUACCCCAAUAACUUCAGGGUCCUCCACAACUCCCAGCCCCCUCCAUUCUUAGCUCUCCCUCCUUACGUAGUUCGGGGGCCCCCCAGGUACAUCAAUAAUUUCAGGGUGCCCCCCCCCCCCCCGCCCCCGAGACCCUCCUGGGUGCUCCUCUCCCACUCUGGGUACCCCCAAUAAAUUCAGGGUGCCCCCCCCCUCCAUGCACGGGUACCCCCUCCCCACCCAGGAUGAGUCUUCCCCCACCACUCCCCCUCGCCCCCAGAAAGGUUGAGGGGGGGGUGCGUAUGUCCCCCCAAACCACCACCCCCCCCAAAAAUAAGCACAACCCUCCCCCUUCCCCCCCCUCCACGAUGCCAAAGUGUCACUUUUUGGGAGGGAGGGGGGUAUGUGGACUUGGGGGUGUGUCCCCCCUCCCGCCUUCCCCCUCCCCCACACCCCUUUAACUCCCCCUUCCCCCCAAGGGUGUGUGCGGGGGUCUCUGCAUGCAAAAAACUCCCCUCGCCCCCCUCGUCCCCCCCCGAUAUUUAAAUCUAUGCCAAUUUUUGCCGCUUUUUUGCCAAACUGUAGCUGAAACCCCCCCGCGGGGGCACAGAGCCUGGGGGGGGGGGAAUGUGUUAGGGAAAAAAAAAAGGAAUCAAAAAAAAGGGGGGGGGUGGGGCCUGAGACCCUCUUUUUACUCCCCCCCCCCUUUUUUUCUCCUUUACCCCUCCCCCCCACUUCCCAUAGAGCAAUAAAACCGCCUCUGCCCCUGCAUGGCCCCGGGCGGGGCAGCGGCCGUGGACCCCCCCACCUCCCCCCGCAGAGAAAAUCCCACCCCUCCCCCCAUCCCCCACCCCCUCCUCAAAUUUCCUCACCCCCGGGAUUUGCCCUCGGGGGGGCUCCAAGCAGCCAUAUCAGGGAUGACGUCAGAGUAGAGCUAGGACCCCCCCCAAAUAUUCCCAAAUCCCCAACCCCCUCCCCACAAUGUUGUCACUGAUUGGUUGAACACCCCCCCCCAGCCCCCCCUCCCCCCUCAACCCCCCUCCAGGACCCGCCUGCCUUGGGCAUGCCAAGGAUGUGCAAGGACACGUCUUGGGCACGUCUUGGGUGCCUUGCAGGUGGCUUGGAUGCAUCUCAGACACUUCGACAGGCGUGGGACACGCAUGGGACCCAGCUGGACACACCUCAGACACGCCAAGGACACGUCCUGGGUGCCUUGGACACGUCGGGGACACAUCUCAGACACAUCAACAUGCCUUGGGUACGCAUGAGACAGGCAAAGGAUGCGUCCCGGGUGCCUUGAGAUGUCUUGGACACACAAAGGACAUGUCCUGGGUGCCUCGGAGAUGUCUUGGGUAGGUGUGGGCACAUCUCAGACAUGCCAAGGACACGUCUUGGGCACCUGUGGACACGGCUUGGACAUGGCAGCAAGCCUUAGACGUGUUGGACGCGCGUCGGGUGUGCCUUGGGCAUGCAUUGGACACGUGUGGACACCUCAGCAUGCAUCAAACAUGGAUCCAUCGUCUGUGGACAUGUCUUGGACACACGAAGGAGAGGCCUUGGGCACGUCUUGGGCACCUUGGACACGUCUUGGAUGUCUUUGACUUGCUUUGGACACCUUGGACAUACCUUGGACACAUCUUGGGUGCCUCGUCCGUGUCUUGGGCCCGCAAACACAUCUCGGACAUGCAUUGGACACGCCUCGAACACAUCACCAUGCCUUGGACAUGCGUGGAGCAUCCAUCAACAAUGUGUUGGACACGUGCAGAGGCACCUGGGACAUGUCUGGGACACGUCUUGGGCACCUUGGACAUAGAUGGGACAGAUGUUGGACAGGUGGAUGCACAGCAGAGAUUUGGACACGCAUCGGACAUGUGGACAUGCCUGGGCCAGGUGUGGGCACGCGUGUGGGGUGCUGCCAGAGGGGAGGCGUGUGGGGUGUGUGGCGUGGGUGUGCUGCACCCACACAUCCUGCAGCCAUCCAGUGCGUGACGGAGACACAGAAGGUGUCACGUGUGCCACACACGCGCCACACGCUGCUGCAGGCCCCACAUGUGUCACACGUGUCACACGCGUGCCACACCCGUCACAGACCCCGCACAUCACACACGCCUGUCACAGACCCCAAACGUGUCACACCCAUCACACACAUGUCACACACUGCUGCCGGCCCCACAUGUGCCACACACAUCUCAUGCAUGUCACGGACCCAGAACAUGUCACACCCUGCUGCAGGCCCCACGCAUGUCAGGGACCCAGAACACGUCACAGAGCGCUGCAGGCCCCAGCCAUGUCACACACAUGUCACAAAGGUGUCACAGAGCCAGAACACUUCGCGGAUGACCCAAACGUGCCCCAGGGUGCCGCAGCCGCGGUGUGUGCAGGGGCCACGCCCGCAGUGCGCAGGCAGCAGGCUGGAGGCACCGCACGCAGGCCACGCACACCUUGGGCACGCUCUCUGCACGCACUGCACUGCCACUGCACACAGCGAGCGAACUGCACCCAUGGCACCCGCUGCAAAGCCGCAGCUGUCACUGAGCGCACUGCAGCCGGGCACCAUGCGUGCUGCCAGCCCUGCACCCACCGUCUGCCAGACCCCCGCUCCCGCUGCACUAGGCAUGCUGCGCCCACGCCACAUGCGCUGCAGGCACUGCACUCCGCAAACGCUGCACACCGCAGCCACUGCAAACUCUGCAGCCGCUGCGCCUCCUCUGGCCACCGCAUGCUGAGCGCACUGCGAGCGCUGCACGCUGCAAGCGGAGCACAGACUGGGCCCUGCAGUGCGUGCACUGCAGACACACCAAACGCUGCACUUACUGCAGCCACCGCACCCUGAGCACGCCGCGAGCCCUGCAGCCACUGCACCCACUGUGUGCCAAACCCCUGCAGCCAAUUGUGCUGUGAAUGCUGCAAGCACUGCAAAUAGAGCCCACUGCACUCACUGCACACCAUGCAAACCCUACGGCCACUGCACCCACUGUGUGCCAAAACCCCUGGAGCCACUGCACUGAGCGCACUGCAUGCCAUGCAAACAAACACUGCAUCCUGAGCACGCUGCAGGUACUGCAAGCACUGCACAUGCUGCACUCUAAGCACACAACAAACACUGCAGCUGCUGCAAUCACUGCACACCGACAUUGAGCACACUGCACCCCCUGCAGCUGCUCCAGGCACUGCAGCCACUGCACACACGCUGCAAAUGCAAUAAAUGCUGCGGGCACUGCAGGCACGACAGGGAGCACACUGCAAUUGCUGCAAGUGCAGCACCCACUGUAGCACCCACUGCACGCCUCAUAUCCACCACAGUGUGUACUGCAUCCAGUGCACACGUUCCAGAUGCUGCAAACCGCAGGCGCUGCAGGCACCGCCCCCACCGUCCCCACCGCCGCCUCCACUGCAGCGCCUACCACACAUCCGCCACUGCACUCACCGCAGCACCCACCGCACCCGCCACCGCACCCACUGCAGAUGGUCCAGAUGCUGCAAGCUGUGCCCACGGCAGCACCAUUGUGGCACCCUCAGCACGUCCCCCUCUCCCCGCCCCCCCUUGGCGGGUCCCUUCCCAUCCCACGUCGUCACCGCCAGCUCCGUGUCCCGCUCCUUGCUCCCCCUCCAUGGGCAGGUCUCAUGGUGGGGAUCUCACCGACCCAGCGCUGGCGACGACAGUGACGAGAGGAUGGGGUCCCACCUCCCUUUUGACCUCCCACCUUCUUCACCUCUCCCCCUUGACCCCACUGAGCCCUCAAAACCUUCCUGCCCCCCCCGCCCCGAACCCUCCCCCAACACCCCCAGGAUCCCCCCAAAUUCAGGUAGCAGAACCGUAGAAGCUUCAACCUCCAACUUGUACCAGGGGCUUGGAGAUGAGCCCAAAAAGUGGCUUCUGGUGGCCUCCAAGUGACUCGUGGUGGCCCCUAAGUGGCUUCUUGGUGGGCCCUGCCCCCCUCCCCCCCCCCCCAAAAAAAAAAAGAGAAAAACAAACAAACAAGAAGCAAAGCAACUUUUUUGUGGAGGUUUUGGAGAAGAUAAAAAAGCACAAACCAAGGCCCCGGCCGCGCCGCACAGCCCCCAAUAAAGGGACGAACCGCA